AUGGCGACAUCUCUCAAAACAAGAAAGAGAGUUCUGACUAGGCAUUCCAAUUCCCUAACGCAACUUUUGGCAAAGCAAGCAGAAUUGGGAUGCGACGUCAAUCUUCAGGAUAGGGAAGCAUGUAAUGCAGCACUAAAGCAAGUCCAGAAUGCUAUAGUGGAGAUAAAAACCCUUCAAACAACCUUUGAAGGAGCCCUAUACGCAUUCACGGACACGGUGGACAAAAUAUCGGAACCCCUCACCAAGGAAGAAGACGAUAAAGUGUCCGAAUAUAUUACUAACGCAGAGGAACUCAUCGCCAGUACUACUGAUAUGCUUCUUAAGUUGGAAAUGACCAAGGCUAGCCUAGCCUCUCAUAACCUUACAUUUUCAACAUAUACUGGAUCUCAUCCUCCACCAGAAGUUCCUGCAGCCAAGAUAGAGCUGCCGAGGAUACCAAUACCGGAGUUCAACGGCAAAAGCUGGCAAUGGGAUAGCUUCUGGGAGCUAUUCAACGCUACGGUGCAUUCUCUACCGCUCUCAAAUUUGCAAAAAUUCAACUAUCUUGUGAGAGCAUUAAAAGGAGAAGCCCGUGAAUCAAUAGCUCGUUUUCAAAUCACUUCAGAAAACUACCCGCUAGCAGUACAGCAUUUGAAGGAGAGAUACGCCAACGUCCAAAAUAUAAUCACUGGACUGCAUCGACAGCUAGAGCAUUGGAGUGCUAGGAGCCCACAAUUAAGGGACCAGCGAAAACUGCAUGAACGACUGUCGGCAAUUACCGCACAACUCGAAAGCAAAGGCGAACCUCUCGAUAGUCCAUGGCUGCUAUCAAAAAUCCUUUCUAAAUUCACAGAAAGGAUUCAACGCAGCACACUUAAAGAAAAGGUCUCUCUGCCCCAAGGAGAGACCUGGACAUUAAAGAAAUUGAUGACAACAAUUGACAUUGUCAUAAAACGCGAAGAAGAAAUUGAACUGCAAUUGCCAAAGAGGAUAGAACGUUCACAACUUCCAAGCAAAACUACAAAGGAACCGGAGUUCCAAAUCAAAGAGCGGUCUCCCUUUUGUUUCUAUUGCGAUAGCAAAAAACAUUGGUCCACAAGAUGCACGAAAAUCGCGGCACCUAAAGCACGACUGGAAUAUUAA